AUGCCAUACCAAGUCGGGAGAGAGGAGGACGCAAUACCAAGUCGGGAGAGAGGAGGACACAAUGUCAAGUCGAGAGAGAGGACGCAAUACCAAGUCGAGAGAGAGGAGGACGCAAUACCAAGUCGAGAGAGAGGAGGACGCAAUGUCAAGUCGAGAGAGAGAGGACGCAAUACCAAGUCGAGAGAGAGGAGGACGCAAUGCCAUACCAAGUCGGGAGAGAGGAGGACGCAAUACCAAGUCGGGAGAGAGGAGGACGCAAUGUCAAGUCGAGAGAGAGGAGGACGCAAUGCCAUACCAAGUCGGGAGAGAGGAGGACGCAAUACCAAGUCGGGAGAGAUAAGGACGCAAUGUCAAGUCGGGAGAGAGGGGGACGCAAUGCCAAGUCGAGAGAGAGGAGGACGCAAUGCCAUACCAAGUCGGGAGAGAGGAGGACGCAAUACCAAGUCGAGAGAGAGGAGGACGCAAUGUCAAGUCGAGAGAGAGGACGCAAUACCAAGUCGAGAGAGAGGAGGACGCAAUGUCAAGUCGAGAGGAGGACGCAAUACCAAGUCGAGAGAGAGGAGGACGCAACGCCAAGUUAUCUGA